UUUUUCUCCUACUUUAAACCUCAUUGUUGUUUUACACUCAUUUUUAGACUAUGGGAAUUUUUUUUAAAUGAGAAGGGGCUAUAGCAGUGUGUCCAACAGCUUAUUUUGACAUCUGUCUAGUUUUUCCUCUUGAUGUGAAUGUAGGUCAGUAAUCAUCUUACUAAGAAAUGGAUUAUUUAAGGAAAGGCUGGGUGCACUUUUUGAUAGAGAGAAUGCUUUUCUAUUUAAUCAUUUGGCUCUUGAUUUUCACAGCCUGAGUCUUGGAUGUGUGUGUGUGCACAAGUGCACAGAAGCUGGCUGCAGUUGUGACCAAAAGUAACUGUUUUGUAGCAUGUACCCAACUAUCUGGCACAGCUGAAUGGCUGCGUUGCUGAUAAAUCAAACGAAGGCUCUCCCGGAGAGCUGACUUGUGGAACCACUUUUGUUCAUCUCCGUUAAAACAUAACGCCUCCUUGGCUGAUGUCACCGCCUGUUAUUUUUAGCAGCUGCCGCCCGUGCCCCAGAAGGGUAUAACCACAAAAGAAUUUACUGAAUCCAGAGUCAGCUUUGGAAAGUGAAGCAAAGAGAGGAGAAAAGAGUGAGCCCUUUGGAGCUUCAGAAUCCUGUGAAAUGUCUGAGUGAGAUCCAGAAAAAGAAGGGGGUUAAAUGUUUCAUCACGCAGCUGGAGCCAGAGGCAAGUAAGGCUUGCCGUUCCAUAACUCCCACACAUUCCAGGAAAGUCUUAGAAGAGAAGAGAGGUGCACGGACAUUUCUCUGUUUGGCCACUGCAGCUAUGGACCUACGGACACAACUGGAGAGCACAACUGAGAGGAACUGGAAUAAAGAGAAGAUGGAGCUUCUGGAGCGCUUUGACAAUGAAAGGAAAGAGUGGGAAUGCCAGUGGAAGGUCAUGCAGAAGAAAAUAGAAGAGCUUUACCAGGAGGUAAAAUUAAGGCGUGAAAGCAAUAUGAAUGCCUCUGAGACUAAGGUCAUUCAUAGCAAGGCACAGCCACGGCCCAUACAUUCCCCCUCUUCAGUAUGGAGUGACACACCAGGACUGAACUCUUGUUCAGCAGACAAAGAGAGUUUGCUCGGCAAGGCAGAAAAGGAGAGCAAGGAUGCGAAAAACAAGGGAAGAAACCAUGCUUUUGCAAAUGAUACUCUGGCCUUUGAGAGUUACAAGGAAUUUGAAGAUUGCCCAGGCUUGAAAACAACCAAGAAUUACACACAGGAUCUCAAUAUUGCUCUUAAAGAACUUGCCAAAGUAAGCGAAGACUUGUGCAGCUACCAAGAAGAAAUCCGCAAGAAGUCCAACCACAAAAGAAAGAAGUUGUUUCCUUUCCUGGGAGAAUCUGCCAAAAUGGAAAACGCACUGAUCACGCAAGAGAUGAACCAUGUGCGUAACCAUGACCCACAAACAGUUUCAAUUGCAUUUGAUACAGAAGAGCAAAACAACAAGAAGAACUUGAUGGGCAUUAGCAGGUGUUCAAAGGAGAUGCCAUCGAGCGCUCUUGCUGGAGUUGAGAAAGCAGGCUUUUCCCCCUGGCAUAAAAGAGAAGGCCCUCCUGUUCCUCCAAGAAGCACUUCCCGGCACUUGGCCAGCUCUCUCGCACAGGUUUCUGAAGCAUUGGCAAAAGAAACAGGGCACAAAAGCAGUUGUGAGACCCAGGAGGACCAGGAAGAAAGUGCAUUGACUCGCCUGCCUUUUGCAAAGCAAUGUGAUGCUCCAAUGCCACUGACAAAUGAAUGGAAAUCUGUUAGUGGGCCUGCUGUGGCUACCACGGUACCCACUGAGAAAAGGGGUCAGUCCCUUGAAUGCAAGCUGCCUGCAGGGUUUUCUCACAACACUUGGUCUCAUGAUACAAGUAAGGUUGGGAAUAGUCCUAAAAAGGACUCUGCCUCACAUUCUGUCCAGAAGAGCUGUUCCGACGGAAAUAUGGUGCCACAGAAACAACAGCAUCCUAUACUGCAAAGCAGUGUGCAUUAUAGCAGUGACUUAUAUGUCCCUGUGUGCAACACCCUGGGUGAUUCUGGCUAUGGAACUGGAAAGACUCAACGAAAUGAAACGCUGCAGGCAAAAAUUGAUGAGUUCAACAGAACCGUGUUUCACGCAGAUAAAGGCCACAAGUGUGUGGAACGGAACCCAAUGGUGCCAGUGCUGUCUGGAGACCCCAAACCCCGCCCCAUAGUUCAGGACGGUGUGACCAGCAGGGCGCAAAAGGAAGAGCCAGCCUGUGUUCUGAAUCCCAGGCUCUCUUCAAGAAUGGAUGAGAAAGCCUCCAAGCCCAGCAAAAAUGCCAAAGCCACAGGGCAGCAGAGGCAGCUCAAUGGACUCCUAAGUGGCUACCAGCAGAUGCUCCAUGAACACGACUGGAAGCCAAGCAAUUUGUCUGGCCGCCCGCGAUCCGCAGACUCAAGAUCCAACUACGGGGUUGUCGAAAAGCUUCUGAAGAACUACGAAAAGUCAACCGCUGCAUGGAACUCAAAGCUCCACAAAGAGCGCUGGCUGCCGCCCAGUUCGGAAUUGGCGGGUGGCAGCUGCGAGAAAUUGGGCCACUAUUUUGAAAUCCUCCAGUCAGAUCAAGGGAAACAGGAGCAGCUGAAGAAUUCAACCCGGCACAUUGGGCUUUAUGCCAGGCAUGGCAAAGAGAAGCAGAAAUUUCCCGAGGUGUCUGUGCCAGCUGAGCAGUCAAAUGCGAAAGGCUUCUCUCGGCCAGCUCGGCCAGCAAACAGGCGUCUGCCGUCCAGGUGGGCCUCCAGGUCGCCAUCUGCCCCACCAGCUGUGAGAAGAGCUGCCUUGAAUGAACUUUCUUGAACUUCUGUUGCUGGAUCUCAGUGGCUCUAAAUUCAAGAAUGGAUCCGGUGCUGUUAUGAAAUCUCCAUAUGGACUCUCUUUUCCACGUUCCUGACCCCAACCAGAUCUGUGUAACCGUAUAUUGGUCAACAGUGACCUUGCCCUUGGACUUGUUGGAGGCACUGUUUCAAUUCUUAGACCAUCCUUCCACAGUCUUCAGUGUUUUUAUCAACUAGAUAAGGAUGCCCCUUCCUCAUGUGUAUAUAUAAUUUUAUAAUUCGCAGCCAUUUUUCCUUUGAAUGACAUAUGCCAAUAGUUAUCGCCUCAAUCUUUUUUUAAAAGAAAUUACAUGAUGUAUAAUCCUGUAUAUUCUGACUUUUCCCACAAAGAGCAGGAAGAAAUGCUAUAUGCAUGAUCAUGUGUUUGUAGGUGCAUGUGUUGAAAUAGGAAGCAUAACUGUAUUUAGGUGAGAGAAACUCAGUGCUGAUACUGAAAUAAUAACAUUCGUUUAUAUACUUGCAUAUACACAUAAAAAGUUUCUGUUUUAUUUUGAAAGUUCAGCAUAUAGCCCUGGCAAUAAUAAUAUUUUGUAUAUCUUUUACAGGUUUCACAGGUCUAGUAUUUGAUAUACAAAAACUAAGAAAUGCAUUUGGGGGGGGGGUAACUGUAGUGAAAGGCAUUUUAUGGUAUGUACCAGGAGCAGUUUAGUUCAGUGGAUCGAGUCCUCAUUAAUGCUUAUUUUAACAUCACUUCUUUAAACUUUACUAUGCUAGGCAUAUGUUUCAGAAUUAAAAACCUAGUAUUUACACUUAUGUUAGGCCUUUAUCAGUGCACAGACAUUCCGGAAAAUAAUGCUUGCGUUUACCGUUUGCUAUAACAUGACUCAGAGUCUGGAUUCUAAUAGAUUUGUUCAACCAGCCGGGUGUGUUGAACACACGAGAAAGAUUGAGAUGGAUAUCCAGACAACAGCUGCACUUACACCAUCAAAUCCUGACUUUAUAAAACCACACUAUGCUAGAGCUCUGUGCAGCUUGCUCCUGCCACUUGCUCCUCCCUUUAUGCAAACAAAGAAACAAGCCAGGAAGCAAUUGUUAAUGGCUUCUGAACAAGCCAUGAUUUAAAAGUUAUGAAUCUUGCUUGUUUGGAAGCCAUUAACAAGAGUUCCUGGGUCACAUAUAUGCAGAAACUCUGGUUGAUACUGUUUCCAGGCUUGUUUCCCUACUUGCUUGACGGCUGUGUACAGGUGCAUAGAAGCCAGGCAAAUCCUUGCUUUAAAAGCUUUAGGGCAGAACGAUACCUUCACUGGCUUCGGGGCUUCUAGUACAACUAAACCCACAUGUUGACAUGUUGGUUUCCCUGCUGACUGCUGUCAGCGAUGAGGAAUUGAGAUGAUGAAACACACACUGAUGCUGCCCAGACAUGCAGUAAGAUGAACUCCAUGACAUGAAGGAGAACAUGCCAGAGUGGCUGGGGCAACCCAGUCAGAUGGGCAGCAUAUUAUUAUUACAUUAUUAUUAUUAAACAUGAUGAGUGCAUGCUGGUUCUGCACACUUCCCCUUCCCCUGAAAUACUUGUAAUAAAAGUGUAGCUAAGUCAUAUUGACCAUUAAUGUUAGGAUGUUGGCAAGUGGCAGGGCUUAACCUAAGCUGUGCUUUUGAGCCAAUCCCCACUCCCUCCCCCAUUAUGAUUGUCCAGGCUCCAGUCAAAGUCUUAAGUCUAGCAAGAUGGAGUUAAACACUUUGUUUUAAAUGAAAGCAGAAUAAUUAUCAACCAAUGAAGUACUGGAGGGCUUAAGAGAGCUAAGGCAACUGCCACAUUCUGCUCCCAUGAGCGCUUAUGAGUGGCUCUCGGUUAUGAGGUUAGCUUUCAUUCUGGCAGAAGCCUGACAUGGAGUACAUAAAUAUUGCAUCAAGAUAGGAUUGCUGUGGUGCCAGAAAUCCUAGACUGAUGGCAUUAGAAGCAUGUAAUUGCCAUCAUCUGUCUCUAUGUUGUUGGCUGUUAAUAUGCUAUGUGCGUAGCCCAAUUUAUACACUCUUCCUAAGAGUCUGAAUGAAAUAUAGAUCCUCCUGAACUGCCUUGUUAAGUGUCUUAAAAAAAUGCUGCCUUCAUCGUCGUGAAUGUUCAUCUCUCCGAGAAUUUUGCAGGAGAAAUGAACAGCAACCUGUGUGGAAUACUAGGGUGAACAUAAUAUUUUUAAGGAAAUGGGUCAGUCCAAAAUAGUGACACUUGUCAUGAGAAAAGUCACACUACCCCACCUGAAGAAAAAGAAGAAAUCAAAAUUCUUUGCCACAUUAACCCAUCAACAGAUCAGACCCUAACAUUUUAUUGGAUUAAAAUAUUUAUCAUUGACUGUUCUGGCUAGGACUGCUGGGUAUUAUAGCUCCAACAACAACAUUUGGAGGGUUCUCCACCACUGAUUUAAAAGCUAAAAUGAUUCUGUUCUCACAGUGGCCACCCAGUUGCCAGCCAGAAGCCCACAAGCAGGAUAUGAGUGCAGGAGGAGUCCCCUCACUUAGGAUUUGCAGUAACAUGUUCGGAGGCAUACUGCCUCCAGCGGUGGAGAUAGCACAUCAAUAUUGCAACUAGUAGCCUUGUCCUCUACAAAUCUGUCUAAUCCUCUUGAAGCCACGACAUUUCAUGACAGUGAAUUCCAUGAUGUGGAGAAGUACUUUCUUUAGUCUGUCCUAAAUCUCGCCAACAUUCAGCUUCAUUGCAUGUUGCUGGGUUCUAGCAUUAGCAGAGAGGAAGAAAAACCUGUCCUUAUUCACUUUCUCCACACUAUGUGUCACCUUAUUGACUUCUAUCAGGUGUUCCACCCCCAUUUACUCAACUUUUUUUCUGUACUAAAAAGCCCCAAAUGAGUUGCUCUAGUCCCGUUGUCAUUUUGGUUGCCUUUCUCAGAAGCUUCUCCAGCUCUACAAAGCACAGAUCUGGCCUCAGGAUCUGUUGCUUAAAAGAAUCUCAGGUAAUAGGGGCCAGGAAAGGUUUCUUCUUGAGAACUGAAGAGACAGUACUGGUAUAUAUGGACCAAUAAUCUUACCUUGGUUUGAGGCAGCUUCAUAUGUUUAGCAGCUGAUGAAUGAGGGAACACUUACAGUCAAUAAUUGUGCGCACCUGCACCACUGCACUAUUAUUCCUCUUCCAAAUUACUUUUGUGUCACAGUGAUCCCACAGAUGAGCUGAUCUUGUCUGAAGGGGAAAACAUGUUGACUAUUCACUGUGCAGUUUUCUUUUUGACAGAAAAAUUCACAGAAUACUGUAGAAUUAUACCAAUUUUGGGCAUAAUAAGCAACGUAUGAUCUAGCUGAUUUGCCUUGUGAAUGAAUCAUGAUAAAAACUUUUUAAAAAUUGCCUGUGAGGUAUCUGUGAGGAUUCUCCCCCCCCAAAAAAAAUUGACAUGAGACUAAUCUACAGCAGCCAACUUAUUUCCUGACAAGUUUCCUGGCAUGCAAAAGUUCAAUAUUCCACUAGGCAUAUUGGGGGAAUCAUCACCUGAAUUUCUUCCUGACACAUUAAAAAAAAAAAAAGACUUGACGUGAGUUCCAAAAAAUGCAAAACAUACAACAUUUGAAAUAACACCAUAAAAGGAGCAACAUAUAAAAAAAACUCGCCCUACCCCAGGCAUCCCCAAACUGCGGCCUUCCAGAUGUUCUGGCCUACAACUCCCAUGAUCCCUAGCUAACAGGACCAGUGGUCAGAGAAGAGGGGAAUUGUAGUCCAAAACAUUUGGAGGGCCGAAAUUUGGGGGUGCCUACCCUACCCCAUAAAAACGGAUACAAUCAGCAUCCCCAAACUGCGGCCUUCCAGAUGUUCUGGCCUACAACUCCCAUGAUCCCUAGCUAACAGGACCAGUGGUCAGAGAAGAUGGGAAUUGUAGUCCAAAACAUUUGGAGGGCCGAAAUUUGGGGGUGCCUACCCUACCCCAUAAAAAUGGAUACAAUCAGCAUCAGCACAAGAAAGAGUCAAUAACCAAAGAUCACCAGAAAUAGAUAAUAACAAACACCCUAUGACAAAUGGCUGGGAGCAGAGGAAUGUCUUCAUCUGAUUCUUUUUUAAAAAAUUAAAAAUAGUAAUAUUGGUUCCAGGCAGGCCUCAGUGGGAAGAGUACUCCACAGGCAGGGAGCUACAAACGAAAAGGCCCCAUCCCUUGUUUGGCUGUAAGUUGCUUUGGAUUGCCCUGGGCAAGAUAAAGCAACUAACAUAUUUAAUAACUAAUAAUAAUAAUAAAUUAUUAUUAUUAUUAUUAUUAUUAUUAUUAUUAUUAUUAUUAUUAUUGCUGCUCUCCAAACCUGUCUCUGGGGUGGCAUCCGAAGGUGGGUCUCAGCUGUGGAGACUAAUGCAUAGGCAGGUUCAUGCCAGAAGAGAGGCUAUUGAAGGCAAAGACAGGGAAACCAUUUGGAAAUCUAUGUCGAUGCUUGAAUUCCUGUGAAAAAGGUUGCUGCACUCUUGUAUGAAGUAAAUCCUCCAGUUAACCGAUCUUGACUUAUCUUUUCAAAGCUCGUUCAUCAAAUGAUAGCAUGGUUGUUUAGUUUGCUUUUGAUUUCUGUCACUUUACCUAAUGACAGCUACAAUGUAAGAUUAAGGAAUGGUAGGUAGCAUCCCCUUGUAUAUAGAGCUAAUUAAGAUUGCAACCCUAUAUCCAAUUAUCCUGGAAAGUCCCAUUGAGCUCAGUGGUAUUUACUUACUGAACUACACCACAAGAAACCCUUGUGGUAAAUUAAUUUUAAAUCAAUCAAUGGCAAAUUGAAUAGGAUGUUCUCUUUUCCUCAAUUAAUUAAUGUAUAGUCCCUUUCUUGUUUAUUUUAGCAUUUAGAUAAGUACCUGGCAUUUGAAAUCAAUAUGCAGAUAAGUAGAUUGUUCAUUGGCUGUGUUGAUUUUAGAUGCUUCCACUAAGCCUGUUUAAAUGGAGCUGUCAUGGCAAACAGCAGCUGAUGGCUUGCAAGGGAAGCUUCAGUCUGAUCUGAUAGCUACAGCUCUUUUAAGCAGCAACGAUGGAAUGAAAUGUGUUAGCAGUUAAGUGUAUAAAGGAGGAUUGUGGCUGAAAUGUGUGCUGUACAGUUUCAAAUAUGCAUGCUAUCCUGCUGGGAAUUCCAAGGAAGCAACGCAAAUUAUUUCUGGGAGGACAUUUUCAGAGGUAAAGAAGACCACAGGCAAUAGUUUGAGACACAGAGGACCAUGGCAUUGGUGAUGGGUUCAGCAUCCCUUCCCAGAUUCCUGCGUUAGCCUUGCACCAACCAAUUCUGAGUUGAUUCCAUAAUCACAGGGUUAGGAAAAGAAGCUGGUGGUAGAAGGGAAAGGGAUUAGAUCAGGGAAGACCGAGGAUGUAAAGCAGUGUGGCAUGAAGGUCUACCAGUUACUAGUAAUUUGAACUAGAGUAAUUUCCUUUCCCAAGACCCUGUAGCAGCUUAAGUUAGUGGGGGGAAAUGUAACAAUUAGGCACUAUGGCCAUUCCGGCUGGAACUGAUGGAUUUGGUAGUUCAAUAUAUCUGGAGAGCACCUGCAUGGGGAGGGGGAUUCUAGACUCAAGACAGCAUUCUCCACUUUCCCAUCCUGUGUCUUGGUGCAGAUGUAUGCCCCUUUGAAAAUAAAAUAAGCCACAAACACA